UGAGAGCGCAGUGGCGUGGGAGUGGGGGUGGGAUCGCAAGGAAAAGCAGCACCCUGUGCCGUCCUGUGUUCGCCUUCCCAUUCUACUGCCUCCUUGCUUUCUCUCUCUCUUCCUUUUGGCUUUUUAACUCCUUGCUUUUUAAUGUUUAUCGUCGAAAUCUGAAGACUUAGUGGAGACUUAGCAGCUAAGGCUUGUUGGAGACGGCAGCCCUCGGCCAGGUCCUCGCGCUGAGGUUGGAGCCGCCCGAUCUGUUUGCUUUUAUGUCCUGCUUUUGUUGGUUAUCGUGGAGCUGCAUUAUGGAGAAUUGGACGCUUGAUGUUUCAUGGUGAUAUUUGCCCAAGUGAAUGACAUGAAUUCAAAGGUCAUCUUGUGGGUUUGUCUGGUGGUGAUUUUUGUUUUGUCACAUUGCUACUCAUUCACUGAUGAACGGGAUGUUGCUGCUAUAAAUGGCUUCUAUGUUGCACUGGGUUCACCACCUCUUCCUGGAUGGGUUCCGAAUGGAGGAGACCCCUGCACAGAGAAUUGGCAAGGUGUUCAAUGUGUUAUCUCAAACAUAACUGCAAUAGUUAUAAAUGCUGCAAAUCUUGGAGGACAACUGGGCGAUGCUCUAGGCAAUUUUUCUUCAAUAAUUACAAUAGAUCUGAGUAACAACAACAUUGGUGGAGGCAUACCAGGAAAUCUUCCUCUCACCCUGCGCGCAUUUUUUCUUUCAGCUAAUCAAUUCACAGGCAGCAUUCCAGAUUCCUUAUCAAAGUUAACCCUUCUGACAGACAUGUCGAUUAAUAACAAUAAAUUGAGUGGUGAUCUGCCAGAUGCCUUUAGCUCUCUCACCGGUCUAAUAAACUUGGAUCUUUCUUUCAAUAAUUUCAGUGGUCCAUUACCGGCCUCAAUGGGAAACUUAUCAUCUUUGACUACAUUUCACAUGCAGAGUAAUCAGCUCUCCGGCUUACUAAAUGUGUUGGAAGAUCUUCCUCUCAAGGAUUUGAACAUAGAAAACAAUCUAUUUUCAGGACCAAUCCCUGAGAAGCUAUUAGAUAUUCCAAAUUUCAAAAAAGACGGGAACCCCUUCAACACCUCUAUUGCACCAUCAGUGGCUCCACCUCAGUCUGCUUCGCCUCAGUCUGCUCCACCUCAGUCCGCAUCACCACCUCAUCAUUCAGGAUCCCGAAUUCCUGAUACCAAGCAGACAAACUCUUCAAAUGAAGCAUCCAGUCAAGAAAAUUCUGGCAGUGGGAACAAUGGAAAAAUGUCAACUUUGAAAGUCGUUGCAUAUGUUGUUGUAUCUGUCAUCAUAACUGUUGUCAUUAUCCUGCUCAUCAUAUUUUGUAUAUCAAAACAUCAAGUGCGGAAGUCAAACCAUGAUAAAUUGGUGAAGAGCCAAGCAGGAAUCACAGGAAGAAGGUUCAAUGAGCCUAUAAAUGAAGAGCAUUCUGCAAAGACAAACAAUAUAGUUGGCCAAUUUGCUAAAGGGGAUCACAAUGAUGAAGAGAAGGAGAAUAAGCACAAAAUUGAUAUGAGAGAGACCGAUCUAAUUAUUCUCCCGCCCCCACCUCCACCCUUGCUGACACCACCACCACCACCACAACUGCGUCAUGUUGAAAAACUUGUUGCGAAGCCAAUUGCUCCUGGUAGACAUGUUAGCACUUCUCAAAUAAACAUUCCUGCAACAUCUGCUACAUCUUUUUCUGUUGCUGAGCUUCAACAAUACACAAAUUAUUUUAAUGAAGAAAAUCUGGUCAGAGAUGGUAUGUUGGGCAAGGUAUACCUUGCAGAGCUUUCUGAUGGAAAGCUAUUAGAAGUCCUAAAGCUUGACAACUGGAACUCAAGAAUCCCAGUUGAUGACUUUUUAGAGCUGGUUCUGUCCAUCUCUGACCUAAGGCAUGCUAACAUUGCUGAGCUAGUUGGGUAUUGUGCAGAGUUUGAUCAACGUCUACUUGUCUACAAGCACUUCAGCAAGAAGACCUUAGAUUAUGUAAUUCAUGUUGGAGAUGAUCUCAAUGGUAAACUAUCAUGGGGGGCUCGAAUUGAGGUAGCCCUUGGAGUUGCAAGGGCAUUAGAGUACCUUCACCGUGGUUGCCAACCACCACUUGUGCAUCAAAAUUUUGAACCGGCAAAUAUUCUCAUUAAUGAUAAGCUUGUUGUACGUGUUACAGAAUGUGGUUUGUCUUCACUAAUGUCAUCCAACUCAGUGAUUCAGUUGUCUGGUCGAAUGCGUACAUCGUACAGUUAUGAAGCCCCAGAGGUCAAUGAUGGUGGAGAAUAUACGGACAGGAGUGAUGUGUACAGUUUUGGAGUUAUCAUGCUAGAGCUUCUCACUGGUCACAAGCCAUAUGACAGUACACGUCCUCGUGCUGAACAACAUCUUGUAAGAUGGGCUAGUUCUCAGCUAUAUGAUAUUAAUGAUUUAAAAAGGAUGGUGGAUCCUUCUUUAGCUGGAAGGUAUUCUGAGAAAUCGCUGUCCUGCUUUGCUGACAUUAUAAGCAGCUGCAUUCAGCAAGCCCCAGAAUUCCGACCGGCAAUCUCUGAGGUUGUUCAGGAUCUCAUUCGCAUGGUUAAGGAUUUGAAGGCUGCAAGAAAUUGAAUUCCUGUCUAUUGUAAAAAAUGGAAAAUCUAUCAUAAAAUGUGGCAGGAAAAUCUAUCAUAAAAGCACGAGGAGAAGGUGGCUGAUUGAUUGCUAUGUUGAUUCUACAUAUGUUAUUGCAACUUUGCCGACAUGGCGGUGACACUAGUGCCCGCCCUUGGAAAAAUUGGCGGUUCUGGAAGGACCUUGAUUGUAGACCCCCUCGUAUUGUAUGGGACAUUACCUUGCUCAAUUAUUGUUUGGAGUAGAAUAAGCCUAGUUGUGUGAUGUAGAGCAUAUUCUUUUCAUUGAUAUGGAAUGGAAGCUGUAUGAGGAAUUCCAAUGUAUCCUAUGGUUUAUGGGGCUGGGAAUCACUUGUGGUUAUGUAUUUAAAAUGUAUGGAAGAAAUUGAAUCUGUAAUUCUAUUGGAAAAUGUUGUUACCAUUA